GUCGUGUCUCGGUCAGUAGUUGUUAGUUAGCUCAGAGGAGCGGGGCCGCUAAAAGGGAGAUUUAACGUUUAAAACGAGAUCUUAGGACCCAUUAACGGAAGGAACCGACAGUCGGAGGGUUUGAGUUCAACGGAACCACUGGUGCAGGAGGACGUCCGUGUUUUUUUUUUUUUCGUCCCGCGGACAGACGGAGAGAUUUCCUCCUGCAGGUCAAAGAUGUGAAGCUGAAGGAUCAGAGGAGCCGCCACUCAAACCAGGAUCACGCCCCCUCUGCCAGCAGCAGCCAAUCAGCACGCAGUCUGGAGGACCAUCAUGCACCUGAAGGCGUAUCCGAAGCUCGUGCUCUCCGAGUUGCGUCUGGAUGCAUGCAGCAGCGUGCAGACAUCUCAACACAGCGGCGUGUUUGUUAGCCGGCUGCCGCUCACCGUCCUGUCCACCAACACGUUGCGCUGCAGCACCACCACCAACCUCGCUGUCAACGGCAGCGUCCGACUUAAGGCGGUGCCUGGCAUGCCUACGCUGCAGCUGCUGCCCCCGCCGCCAGGCUGCGAGAACGACACACUCAGACUGUACCAGACCGUCACGGAGGACGCCGACACCAAGCUGGACAUCUGGACCGUUAUCAAGCCCGGACACGUCCGGGAGAAGAUCGCCAUCUUUGCUUCAGAUGGCAAGCGUUCAGACGGCACUCGGAGCAGGGAGCGCACCUCAGCCGGCAGCCCUGACAGCCGGGACAGGACUGUCCACGGCGCAGCGCUGGGACCGUUACGGGCUGGGAAGGCCAAAGGAAGCUGGGAGGAGAACUCUAGUGCCAAGCGGCGUCGCCGGUCAGGAAACCAUCAGAACCUGCAGCAGGACCCGAGGACCUGCGACAUGCCGCGACACAAACCGUCUCCACACCGCUCAGACACGAGUCAGCGGCUUUGCGGAGGGCCAGACAGCGGUGGCAGCGAGGAGGUGACAUCAGCGGAGGAGGAGGAGCAGCAGAAGGUGUCGGUGGUGGAGAUGGUGGCGUUCUUGGAACAGCGAGCCAGCGAACAGCAACCGGACGCCAAACCACUGCUCGCUGUCCAGAGGAGCUCCACCACCAUCACACUGUCUAGAGCCCCGCUCCCUGAGAUCAGGGGGGAGGAGCCAGAGAGCGUCAGGGUGUUGGACAUGGUGGCCAAGCUGGAGUCAGAGUGUCUGCGGCGGCGGGCGGAGGGAGACCUUUCGAGGAGCAACAGCCUGAGGAGGUCGGUGGGACGCGUCCUGCUCGCCGCUGCCGGGGACCAGAGCUCCGCCCCCUGCCAGCCGUCACCACCACAAUUAACGACAUCAUCAUCGUCACUGACGGGAGCUGAGAUUGGAGCCCGGGAGCCAAUCAGCUGCUCAGAAACAGCUGCUCUGGCCACGCCCCCCUCAGGGGAGGUACUGAGCACAGAAGCCCCGCCCUUCAAAUUGGCCCCGCCCUCUCCCUCAGAAGAGGCGGAGCCUGUGCCUGGCCUGCUAUUCCUGUCUCCUGAGCCCUGCCCCCACACAGACUUUAAGCCCCGCCCCCCUAGCCACAGAACGACCUCUGACCUGGAGCCGGCGCCUACUAAGCCCCGCCCCCCUCAUGCAUGCAGUGACUGUGGCAGCCAAUCAGAGAAGAGGAGGAGGAGGCGGGCUGACAGGGCUGAGGAGGAGGAGGAGGCGGGCCCGGCCCUCGUGACACGGCGUGCGCCUGCGUCGCAGGACUUCCUGUUGAUGCGUCAGCUCGUGCAGCAGCUGCUGGAGCCGACGCCGUUCCUCGCUGCACUGCCGCAUCACCUGCUGCUGAAGGUCCUGCAGCUGCUGCCCACACAGAGCCUCGCCGCGCUCAAGUGCACCUGCACCUACUUUAAAUUCGUCAUUGACACGUACGGCGUGCGGCCCGCUGACUCGCUGUGGGUGUCCGACCCCCGUUAUCGUGACGACCCCUGCAAACAGUGCAAGAAGCGGUAUGGGCGCGGCGAUGUGUCGCUCUGCCGCUGGCACCACAAGCCGUACUGCCAGGCGCUGCCCUAUGGCCCUGGGUACUGGAUGUGCUGCCAUGGCGCGCGCAGGGACGCACCCGGCUGCAACGUGGGUCUCCACGACAACCGCUGGGUGCCAUCGUUCCACAGCAUCAACGUGCCAAUCUACCGCCGCGGGCGACACGACAACUGAGACUGUGGCUCCCAGAAUGCAGCAGCAGCUCGGGCUGAAAACGAUUUAAAAAAAGAAAAGAGGAUUUAAAGGAACAAAUGUUUGAUUUUAAGGUCAAAGUCGACCUGAGAGUGGCGCCCCCUGCUGCUCAGCGCCUCCAGCAAGCCAUCACACAGCAGCUCGUUAGUGACAACAGCUUGUUAGCAGCAGCAGCUCAGUAGUGACAGCAGGUGGAAGAGGAGGGUCCCGGGCACGACUUCUUCUUCUUCUUCUUCUUCUUCUUCUUCUUUUGCUGCUGAUCUGUUACCAAAUCGAGCUUCGUAGAUCAUAGAGUGAUGACAUCAUGAAUCCAAACUGCUGAUGAAGUCUGACCAACUAGAAAAAUCCUCAGUUCAGCUUCCUAUUUGAUCUCCAGAACAAAAGACUUUUAUAAAGCUGAUGCUGUGUUUAAGGAACGUUUAUAUCCAAAUGGUUCAAGAAUUUUUGCAAAAUAUCAAAAGAAAAUUAGUGUUUGUUUCCUUCCUGCUGUGACUUUCAGUUCUGUAAAAGGAUCGAUAUUUAGAUAUCAUCACCUCUUUAUGAAAUAUCUGAUUAAGCGAUCAGCUGAUCAUCAGUGGCAAUGUGAGGAGGUGGAGUUUCAGAGGGCGCCACGUGUGGAGAACUUCCUGUGCACCUUGUUUUGUUUACAUUUGUACAUAAGUCAUGAAAAGUUUAUGAGCUGAGUGAUAAUCAUGUCUAAGUGUUGGAACGUGGCCUUGAGUCUCAGAGACGCUGCAAUAUCAGAGAUUAUAAAUCUAUAAAAAAGACAAACAGCCUUCAGUUUUUUUAAGGUUCGUUGUUUUCUGUCUGCUGGCUGUUGAAGAUGUUCUGCUUAAUAAAGUGCUUUCUCUUUGCUUCUUGUUUGGGUUAAAACAA